CUAAAGCUGAACAGCCUAAACGAAAGUGCCCACUAACUAAACCAAAGGGUCCCCGUAACGUACGGACAACACACUAUAAGCUCAAAUGCUUAGAGCCAAACUCCGAUUAUCUGCCAUUGCUGGCGCCACCAUGAUUUCUUCUUCUUCUUCUUCUAAAACCCUCGCAAACCCUAUCUUUUUCUCCACUUCAACCUCACCGCUCUUCAAUGGACUCUCUCUGCCCAACCGUGUUACUUUCUCCGCCAGUUUUGCUCCCGCUUCGCUUCGAUGUUACGCUUCCUCGUCGGGAAAUGAUCGAAUUCAAGUCCAGAAUCCUAUUGUUGAAAUGGACGGUGAUGAGAUGACGAGAAUUAUAUGGACAAUGAUAAAAGACAAACUUAUAUUUCCUUAUCUAGAUUUGGAUAUAAAAUACUAUGAUUUAGGAGUAUUGAACCGUGAUGCUACUGAUGACAGAGUUACAGUGGAGAGUGCUGAAGCUACUCUUAAAUACAACGUUGCUGUGAAAUGUGCUACGAUAACACCUGAUGAAACCAGAGUCAAGGAAUUUGGGCUAAAAUCAAUGUGGAGGAGUCCCAAUGGCACGAUUAGAAACAUCUUAAAUGGUACUGUUUUUCGUGAACCAAUCCUCUGUAAGAACAUUCCAAGAAUUGUUCCUGGUUGGAAGAAAGCCAUAUGUAUUGGUAGGCAUGCCUUUGGUGAUCAGUAUCGUGCCACUGAUGCAGUCAUUGAAGGACCAGGAAAGCUUAAAAUGGUAUUUGUUCCCGAUGAUGGGGGUGCACCAGUGGAACUUGAUGUCUAUAAUUUCAAAGGUCCAGGGAUAGCGCUUGCCAUGUAUAAUGUGGAUGAGUCUAUUCGAGCUUUUGCCGAGUCAUCUAUGUCCUAUGCAUUUGCAAAGAAGUGGCCUUUAUACUUGAGCACCAAAAAUACAAUUCUCAAAAAAUAUGACGGCAGGUUUAAGGACAUAUUCCAGGAGGUAUACGAAGAGAACUGGAAGCAUAAGUUUGAAGAGCAUUCGAUAUGGUAUGAGCACCGGCUAAUUGAUGACAUGGUGGCUUAUGCACUUAAAAGUGAAGGUGGAUAUGUUUGGGCAUGUAAAAAUUAUGAUGGUGAUGUACAGAGUGAUCUACUUGCACAAGGAUUUGGCUCUCUGGGCCUCAUGACUUCUGUACUGUUAUCCUCUGACGGUAAGACAUUAGAAGCUGAGGCAGCUCAUGGGACUGUCACUCGGCAUUUCCGGCUACAUCAGAAGGGACAAGAAACCAGUACAAAUAGUAUUGCUUCAAUAUUUGCCUGGACACGAGGACUACAGCAUAGGGCCAAAUUAGAUAACAAUGACAGAUUGCUGGAUUUUGCUCACAAGUUGGAGGCUUCCUGCAUUGACACUGUGGAAGCAGGGAAAAUGACCAAGGAUCUUGCCAUUUUGACCCAUGGACCCAAAGUAACCAGGGAGUUUUACUUGAACACUGAAGAAUUUAUCGAUGCAGUAGCCCAGAAUCUUGUAGCAAAACUUAAAGAACCUGCAGUAGUCUGAGUAGUAUCUUUUUGAGGAAUUAUGAUUCAUGUCAUAAUAAUUGGACUUUGGUUGCAUAAAGGUGGUUCAUUUUUAGAGUUUUUAAUUUCAUAAACAAAUUUGCUCGGCA